AUGUGUGUGGAGGACGUAGAAAAGCUUGUGAAUGACCGACUUCGAGACUUGAAGAUCGGCGGGAAUUUCGAAGAUGUACUACGUAAGGAGAUCGACCAGGCAAACUCCACACCUUUCACGGCCGAAAUCGAGCAAGCUGCUCCCCCGAAGCGGUUCUCAACUCCUUCGUUUACCCAUUUCAAAAGGGAUUCCGAUCCCGAGAGCCACCUAAAACACUUUAAAAGUGUCAUGAUCCUCCACAAGGCCGACGACGCGUUGAUGUGCAAGGUAUUCGUAGUGACCUUGCGAGGAGAAGCCCAAGAUUGGUUCCACACCCUACCAUCUGGGUCGAUCAACAGCUUCAAGGAGUUGGCUUACGUCUUCACCAAAGAGUACACCUCUUACCGAACAAUCAAGAAAAAUCCUGACCACCUGUACAACCUGCGCAAGAAGUCUGAUGAAUCCCUUCGAGAUUACAUCAAGAGAUUCAAAGCAAAAAAGGCCAACAUUGUAGGAUGCGACAAUCGAAUCGCGUCAUCUGCUUUCAAGAAAGGCCUUCCAGCUGAACACGACUUGUACCGCGAGCUGACUAUCACUCUUAGCCAGACUCUGGCAGAGGUCUACACGACCGCGGAACGCUACGCGCUCUAG